CUUCAAAUUGUAACAUGUUUUCUAGAGGUGAUCAAGGCCACUCAAGGGAGUCAGAACGCAUACUUAUUUAAGCAAACCAACUUGUAUUUGAUUAUACCAACAAAGUAUAAUGCGAAAUAAAUAAAGUAUUUUCAUGAAAGAAAGUUAGUCAUUGUUAUAUUAAAUUAUUUAAAGGUCUUAUGGAACACGACCAAAAUCAUUACGCAUAUUACUAUGUACAUGUCUCAUUAUUUGUAACUGUAAUUCACCGAACAGAAAUAGACUAUGAUGCUAGAAUAAUUUUACAUUCAUAUGAUGUUAUUUUAGUCACAAUUAAUAUCAUACCAAAGGAUAUAUUAUUUAAACUCGUAUCCACCCGAGGGUAGACGUGGAGACAAGCAACAGGAAGAGUAUAAGACUCAUUUUGUCGAAUGUUACGUUUCACUCUAGAAGCAGCACUAAGCUCCUCCCAGUCCAGGCCGCAAACGUAAGAUUCACUGGCCAUUUAGUGGAUGUAAGACUCACGUAAUGGGGAACCAGUAGAUGGACGGUUCUUUAAGAGUUACAUUGCAAGAUUCCCUUAUCAGUCGGCAACGGGCAUUCUCAGAGGUGGGACGUGCGCUUCAUCUGCAAGCCCCUUGAGCACCGAGUCAGAGAUUACAAUUUACAAUGGACUAUGAUGAAAGAAUGAAAUCCUGUCACGUGCUCGUCACGGAGGAGGCGGUGCAGGAGACGCUGAAGGCAGACAAGGGCAUCAAGGCUCAACUCACGUCCUGGAGGAUCGAGGACUUCACCAAAUUCGGCGACAACUAUGCCUCGAUCGUCACCAGCGUCGUCGUAAGCUUCGUUCUGGACGGCGUAGAUGAACAGACCUCGUACGUGGUGAAGGUCAACCCCUGUCAUGGCUACCCGAACACGGAGGGGGUAACGAACGUCGGAUUUGUGAAAGAAGCCGAGUUCUACGGCAAGCUCCUUCCUCGGCUCAACGCGGCGAUGGAGGAAGCCAGUCUCAAGACCUUGCGCUUUCCCAAGUAUUAUCACAGCUGCCUUGAAGUGGGCAAAGAACUCCUCUUUCUGGAAGAUUUACGGCGGCGAGGCUUCAAGAUGUACGACCGUCGGAAGGGCCUGGACGUCGCGCACGCAAGCCUCGUGCUGGAGGAACUGGCCAGGCUCCAUGCUGCUUCCCUGCUGCUGCAGAACAAGGACCCAGAGUAUUUCCAAAACACCCUUCUGAACCGGGACUGGGCUAAUACGUUUGAUGGUGCCAUAGACGUGGACGCGAUGUUCGGAGGCCAUUUCGACAACACGGUGGCCAUGCUUGAAAAAAUUGGCGGAUAUGAAACAUCCAUACAGUGGAUUCAAAGUACCAAGCCAAACAUACGAGAAAUCUUAACUGAACAGCUGGAACCAAGCAAGUAUCAUGUCGUGUGCCAUGGGGACGCCUGGAACAACAACUGCCUUUUCAGAUACAACGAAGGUGUCCCUGAGGAAGUGAUGUUUGUUGAUCUCCAGCUAAACCACAGAGUCUCUUUUGGCAACGACCUCAACUACUUCCUUUACACGAGCCUCACGGGUGACGUCAGGAAGCCCAACCUGGACGCCCUCCUGGAGACGUACCGAGGCCACUUCAACGCCGCGAUGGAGGCCGGAGGAGCAGGGGGCGAGGGGCGUCUCAGCGAGGCCGAAGUCCUGCAGGAAUUCCGGAACUUGAACGUCUUGGGGGCCCUCUUCAACAUGAUGAUCAUAGGCGCCAUUCUGAUGGAGCCGGAGGACGUGCCUGACUUCCAGAUGAAGGGGAAGGACGAGGACUUCGAGAAGAUCAUCGAGGAGAUGCGAGUGAAGUCCCUGGAUAUGAUUGACACGAAUCCCCUCAUGCGACCGCGGUUCCUCUCUGUGUUCGACGAGUUAAUGGAGACCGGGCUCAUUCCCAAGUGAGGAGCACAGGGGAAGCAAGGCGAUCGAUCCUCAUUGUAUUUCUUCUCUCGCUCUCUUUUUUUUUCUCUUUUUUUUUAUGUGCCUUUAGAAUCUACUGAGAACAGUUGUUCUCGUGUUCCAGAUUCGUGUUUAAAUGUUGCUGUUUUCUUGAGUGUUCCUGUUUUUUUCUAUACAGAUUUCCAUACGUAUAGAUAUUAAAGGAAGGCAUCUCAAAUACAGAUGUAUAUAAUAUAUAUAGCAAAUUUACUUAUAUCUUUGUUAUAUAGUAUAAACAAAAUUUAUCAUAUGAUUAAUGAACUUAAAAUAAUAAAAUUAUGAUUUAU